AUGAGUAACGAGGAGUCAUAUGUCGUUGACAAGGGCGUGAUUGAUGAGCCCCUCCAGAAAGAUGAGGAUAAGCCAUUCUCAGCGGCGGAUUUGGAACCCUUCGGCAAUGAGGAGACGGCCGAGGUCAAGUAUCGGACUAUGAAAUGGUGGCACUGUGGCAUGCUCAUGAUCGCCGAGAAUGUCUCUGUGGGAAUUCUCUCUCUGCCAUCCGCUGUGGCCACCCUGGGAAUGGGACCCGCCGCAAUCAUGAUCAUUUUCAUCUCAGCCCUUUCAUGGUAUACUGGUUAUGCCAUUGGCCAAUUCAAACUCCGUCAUCCCCACAUUCACAGCAUGGGAGACGCGGGCGAGCUCCUGAUGGGCCGCUUCGGUCGUGAGCUGUUGGGAAUUGGCCAGCUGCUUUUGCUUAUUUUCCUCAUGGCGAGCAACAUCUUGACAUUCAACAUCUUGAUGAAUGUCCUGACCGACCACGGUGCCUGCACCUUGGUGUUCGGUGUAGUUGGCCUGGUCAUUUGCUUCCUUGGUGCCCUGCCCCGUACUAUGGAGAAAGUCUACUGGAUGUCUGUUGCUUCAUUCGUGAGCGUUCUUGUCGCGACAAUCAUCACCAUGAUCACUGCGGGCGUGGAGACCAAAGGUCAUGUCGUGAACGAAGCCACUACAGAAGUCAGCUUCCGUGAGGGUUUCCUGGCCAUCACCAAUAUCAUUUUUGCUUACCUUGCUCAUGUUGCUUACUUCGGCUUCAUGUCUGAGACGGAGGAUCCACGCACCUUCAACAAGUCGCUUGCAAUGCUUCAAAUUAUCGAUACUGUUCUGUAUCUCGUCAGUGCCUUGCUUAUUUAUCAUUACGUUGGACCCAAUGUCAAGUCGCCCGCCAUCUCCUCUCUGAGUCCUUUGAUGAGUAAGAUUGCUUGGGGUAUUGCCAUUCCGACAACCAUCCUCUCCGGUGUCGUCUUAGGCCAUGUUGCGUGCAAAUACAUCUACGUGCGCAUUUUCCGCGGGUCGAACCAGAUGCACAGCCGCAGCUUGCUAUCCAUUGGAUCUUGGGUGGCUAUCUGCCUCGGUGUUUGGCUUCUCUCUUGGGUCGUGGCGGAGUCAAUUCCCGUGUUCAAUGACCUGCUGAGUCUUAUUAGUGCGCUAUUUGGAAGCUGGUUUAGCUUCGGCCUCCCCGCUGUCUUUUGGUUACACAUGAACAAAGGUCAAUACUUCCAAAACUACAAGAAAGCAUUUUUGACGAUUACCAAUGUGCUGAUUUUCGGCAUCUCCUGUGCUAUUUGCGGACUGGGCCUCUAUGUUUCAGGAGCCGCAAUACACGAUGACUCGAGGUCUAACAGUUGGUCCUGUGCUAACAGCGCGUGA